AUGCCUCCUUUUCAGGAACAAGACGGCCCCCCGGCCCACGACCACCCCCCCAACAACGAGCCAAUCGUCGAGAACGAGGAUAUCGCCCAAGGUCUGCCGGCAAUGAUGACAUGGUUGGAACUGGUCCAGCGAGGCGCGCAAGAGAAAGCUCAGCUCCAGCAGCAGGGACUCCAGCAGUACGAGGAUGACGACCAGUCGGACAUUCCCGUUCUCGAGGCGGAGAAUAACCAAGAGCAGCCGAUUCAGGAAGUCGACGACCACGACGAGCCCGAAUUCAUCUUGGAUCAAAUGCUGGAUUUCAUCCUCGGAGACCUGGACGAGCCCAUUCUGCAGUCGGGUGAGGAUGAAGAGAGACUGGUCUUUUAA